AUGCCUGACAAGGAUGCGGGUGCUCCCCGCGUGUAUAUCGCCCGGCAUGGCGAAACCGAAUGGUCCCAAACCGGCCGAUACACCGGCAUCACAGAGCUCGAACUCACCCCGCAUGGCACCGCCCAGGUGCAGAACACUGCCAAAGUGCUUGUCGGACCGGGCAAGCUGAUCGACCCGGCGCGCGUGGCGCGCGUGUAUGUCAGUCCACGGAAGAGAGCGCAGAUGACCUUCAAACUACUCUUCUCUGGCGGUAGCAAUACUGCGGAAGAAGGUAUUUUGUUGGACACAGCCAAGAUCUCCACGACAGACAGACUGGCCGAAUGGGGAUAUGGAUCAUACGAAGGCCUCAAGACGAGUGAGAUUCGAGCAUUGAGAAAGACGCAUGGCCUCGACGUGGACAGGCCGUGGGAUAUCUGGCGGGAUGGAUGUGAGGGGGAAGGGGGAGAAUUCCCCUCGCAGGUCGCAGCCCGGCUGGACGACCUGAUCAACGAAAUCCGCGCCAUCCAGGCCGGGCACAUGCACGGUGAACCGGGACCGGCGGAUGUCGUGCUCGUCGCGCACGGCCACAUUCUCCGGGCGUUUGUGAAGCGGUGGUUGGGGCAUCCGUUGGAUUUUCCGUUGUCGUUGAUGCUGGAGCCAGAAACAACAAUUCCUCAUAUCAUAUCUAAAAAGGUCAGAAAGCCAAUUUCCGCCAUCCCAAACUCCGUAUAUGCGAAAACGAUAUCAAAUAUCAAAGGACCAACUUGCGGAUCGAGUGCUUGCUUCGUGGGUCGACUAGCCCAGACGGCCCUCUCUCUUCCUUGGCCCGGCGACCCUUUCAAACAUUCUCAUGAGGUGGUAGUUGAUAGUGUUCUUCUUGAUCGUCUUGUCUUUCUGUAUACAGCGAAAGACGCAGUUAGCGCGAAUCAAUCCCCUUCCGUGAAAUUGGAGUAUAAUACGCACCGGUGCAUCCAUGCACGCCUUCAAUUGAUGCUCCAAUCCCUGGCAGGCUUCGGAGCCGUGUCCGGAGGAAGCCCAGCAGUCUGCGACGGGAAUCAUUAUUAG